AUGAAAGCGAUUAGACGCCCCGACCAAUACUUACGUUUGCGCGGUGACAUAUGGCAUUAUGUGCGGCGCGUGCCCAAGGCCGUCAGCCAUAUUGACGACCGAACUUUGAUAUAUCGCUCACUCGAAACAGAUAGCCGCAAGGUCGCACGGCAACGGCGAGACAUAUUCGCUUAUGAAGAUGAACUGCGAUGGAGCGAGGCCGCACCGAGCCGUUUCAAAGCAACCCCGCGAGAAGUUACCUAUCGCGACGUGAGCCACUACGCCCGCUCACUAGGGUUUAACUAUGAGCCGAUGGAGAGCCUAAUCUCGCGCGAUACGGUCACGGAUUUGCUGCACCGUUUGCAGACUUUAGAGCCGCUAAAAGACGCCCCGCAGGCAAAAGAAGAACGGGACGCAGACGCCCUACUCGGCAUUGCCAAGACGCCGACAACGACCAUUACGCAAGCGAUGGAACUUUACCUCUCCGAGAUCGUCGCAGACGAACUGGCGGGGAAAUCACCGGAGCAAGUGAAGAACUUUUCCAAAAUCAAACGCCGCGCCGUGGCGAACUUCGUCAACAUAAACGGCGAUAUAGAUAUGCGGGAUAUUACCCGCGAACACGCCCAUGCCGUGCGUAAAUUUUGGCAUGAGCGCAUCCAUCCGCAAGACGGCAGCAAGCCUAUGAGCGGGAGCAGCGGUAACAAAGACUUGGGCAGUUUGCGCAAGUUAUACCGCCGCUAUUUUGAGCACAUAGGCGAAGAGGAACGCGAAAACCCGUUCCGCAAUAUGCGGUUCAAAGACAAAAUUCUAACGAAGGUUAUGCCCUUUAAGGACGAUUGGGUAAGGUCACGCAUCCUCGCGCCAGACGUAUUAGAUGGUCUUAAUCGACAAGGCGCAUUGCUUUGUAUGGCUUUGAUUGAGACAGGAUGCCGGCCGAGCGAGUUAGCCAAUAUUAGGCCAGAGAACAUACUAUUAGACGCCGAGGUGCCGCAUAUGCGCAUCCGACCAACGAAAGACCGAGAGCUAAAAUCGGGUGCAUCCGUCCGCGAUAUUCCGCUUGUCGGAGUCGCGCUAGAAGCUAUGCGGCAAGCCCCGAACGGCUUUCCUCACUAUCAGGACAGAAGUUAUUUAUUGAGCGCGUCACUUACAAAAGCGUUCAAAGCGAGAGAAUUAUUCCCAACAAACCAGCACCGCAUCUAUAGCUUUAGGCACAGCUUUGAGAACAGAAUGCUUGAGGCAGGAUUGGACUUUGGUUUGCGCUGCACAUUGAUGGGUCACCGUAACCCGCGCCCUGAAUAUGGCGAUGGAGGGUCACUCGUCUAUCGCCGUGAUGAACUCUUGAAAAUAGCCCACCCCGUGAGUGACGCGCUAUUGCAAAGCUAUCCGUUCAAGGUCUAA